UACAUGUACAUCGAAACGACAAGCCGAACCCGUGGAGAGGAGGCACGCCUCUGGUCGCCAACUUACCCAGUUGCUGGCGGUCACUGCGUCGAGUUCUACUACCACAUGUACGGCAGUACAAUCGAGACACUCAAUGUGUACAUCGUGGAGACGGGUGAAGAUGCACUUCAGCUUCUCCCAAGUUGGUCUCAGUCCUCAAACCAGGGGAACCAGUGGUAUAUCGACAGGUUCUUAGCACCCACUGUCAAUGAUUAUCGGGUUGUAUUUGAAGGGGUCGCUGGAUCAAGUUACACGUCUGACAUAGCAAUUGAUGACGUCAGAAUUACAAGCGGGUCUUGUCUUUCCCAAGGUGAUUGCGAUUUUGAAGAAGACUAUUGUACAUGGAUAAAUGACGUCACAGUUGACGACUUCGAUUGGAUAAGAAAACAAGGCACAAUCAACGGCACUGGACCCCCGACCGAUCAUACAUUCGGCUCCUCUUUAGGCUAUUACGUAUACCUUGAUCAGACCAAUCAGACCCUUGGUAGAACCGCGCGCAUGAUCAGUUCACACUUCAAUGCGCUGACAGGAACCAGGGGGUGUGUUAGCUUCUGGUAUUAUCUCGAAGGGAAUGACGCUGGCGCCCUCACCGUUGCGCAAGCUAGGAGUGGGUUCCCAUAUGACGACACUGCAUGGAUGUUAGACUCUACUCAGGGAGCUUCAUGGAAUUACGGACAAGUGUCUGUAGCACGAGACUACGAUUACAGGAUCGUCUUUAUAGGCGAAGUCGGUGCUUCGACACAAGGAAUAAUUGCAGUUGAUGACAUCCUUGUAACAGACAAUAAUAGCUGUUCAGCUAUACCAAACAGUGCUAUCCCCCAACCAACAUUACGUCCUCCUCCUCCUCAAACUACAGCCCCAGACACAGUUACUUCAGCUACCACAAGACACAUUACACCCGCAGGUACAACUAUUGCACCAGGAGCCACUGUUUCAUGUGGAAGUAUGAGCAUGACCGCCAUUCUCGAUAGAACCCUCUUGGAGAACAACGGGGACGCUCGCGAUGUCCACUUCGAAGACCAGGGUUGCACCGGCUACGACUACAGUGGCUCACAAAUCGCCGUCACCACCAGAUAUGAUGAAUGCAAUACACAGAGCGAGCAAACUGAUGCUGUCAUCAAGUACUCCAAUGUCGUGACGUACUUCAAACCGACCAGUGAAAAUGGUUCGCAGAUCACCCGUGACUUCCGGUUAAAGAUCCCGGUCAUCUGCGAGUUGAAUCGUCGCAGUCUGCUGGGCAAUGACUUCAAGCCCAAAGUUGGCAUCGUCAGUUUUACCGAGGUGGGUUACGGUAGUUUCUCGCUCAUUCUCGGUCGCUACACCGAUGAGCAUUUCACCACGCCGCCACCGGACCUCGACGCCCUGGUGCAUCUAGGUCAAAAGCUAUACUUUGGGGUAAAACUGAAUGCCUCGACCGAUCUGACUCUGUUAAUCGAUCGUUGCUGGGCAACGCCUGAUGUCUACCCGACGAACCCAAUCAAAUAUACCUUCAUUAAAGACGGAUGUGGACUUGAUUCUACCGUUGGAUUCCACGAGGAAGACGCCUCAUUAAAAGGAUUCUCCAUCGAUGCCUUUACUUUCAUUGGUGAAUACCACGAGGUCUUCCUUCACUGUGACAUCUUUGUCUGCGAAGACAAUGAUCCCUCGUCCCGAUGCUCACAGGGAUGUGUGUCCAGGGCAAGACGUGCAGCCGGCGAGGCUCGGGGUUCGAGCUCCCAACCACACACCAUUUCCAACGGUCCAAUGUCUAGUCAACAUGCCAGGUCAAUGGACACAUCGUGGUUGGCUAAUCCAGUCAAUAUGAUGCUGGUGGCGGCCGCUGGAUUCUUCAUUACCAUGGUUGCCAUGGUAACAGUGAGAGAGUUGAGAUCACGCGGCAAACCAUCCAAAGGAUACAACCGUCUGGAGGCAGAAGGUGAAAAUGAAGCUUAAGAAAUGGGAAGAAUUUUGAAGAAGAGUCGGUGCAGAUGAUGAAGAAGGAGAAAGAGAUAGCUCGCCAGCAAUAUAGCAAGAAUGGUGACAUGCCAAAUAUUUCUGUCACUCAGCUCUCCUGUAUUGAACAUGCUUUAAUAUCGUUCAGCUUUCAUGCAUUUUAUUUUAAUGAGGGCAAAUUGUGAAUUAAUUUGUAUUUGCAGUACUUAAGCAGACGUUACACGUGCUUCUUUCCUUUUUAUGAGUACUUCUUUUUAAAUUUUAUUUGUUUCUCUCCUUCAUUACCCUGAUUUUGUACAGUUAGAUAAUAGUGAAUUUUCCCCUCCCAAUCUUUAGCUUUAAUAUAAAAUAGAAUAUAAAAUAGCUUUAAAAAAAACGGAAGACCCCAUUGGACAGCGAAAAUAACGUAACCCCCCCCCCC